GACACUCGCAGACUGAGACUGCGACUGAGAUUAGGGUUUAACGCAAAACCCCGCGAAAUUCGACCCGAAUUCCUCAAUCCGUCGAAAAGGUGGGAGAGUUGUGUUGGGAGAUUUUUCGUAAAUGGAUUUCUGCCCGGAUUGUGGUGGUAUGCUGCAGUAUGAGCUACCGAAUAUGCACGCUGCUAGAUUCUUCUGUCCGACUUGUCCUUAUGUUGCAUAUAUGGAGAAUCGGGGUGAAAUUAGGAGGAGGGAGGCUCUAGUUAAGAAAGAGAUCCAGCCCAUAAUUAACCUGAACGACUUUACAAAUGCUCCCAAAACUGAAGAAACAUGCCCAGUCUGUGGUCAUAAAGAGGCUGCUUUCCGGGAACAGCAAACACGAUCUGCUGAUGAAGCAUCAACAAAAUUUUAUAGGUGUUUGAACGAUGACUGUAAACAUGCUUGGAUCGAUUAUUCUUAAUAGGAGAUUCAGAAACGUUUUUGUUAUAACUUUCUCUGGUCUUGUGUUUUUUUUUUUUGGGAGCCCAUAUCCGUACCACCCUGCCAUGGACAAGGGAGAGCCAAGCACCAUUUCAUUAUGUUUUCGGCCUUGAAACCAAAAUAACUGCUGGCCGGCUGUGCAAUCUUUUGCCUAAUUUUGGAUUAAAUCCUUAAAUGGACUUGCAUUGUACUGGAGUAUAGUGUAGAAGGUGUGAAUUAUGCCACUGUCGUCUGAACAAAAACUUGCAGAGAACAUGAGUUUUAUGCAAAAUUGAACCUCUUGCUACCUCA